UGAAAAGUAUUGUUGAGCUUGAGGAUGCCUCGGGAGAUCAUAACAAUACAGCUGGGACAAUGUGGGAACCAGAGCACCACUGACUCUGACGCUCCCUGCACCUUUCACUUGAAGUGCCCAUGCUACAAAUUUAAUUUGGUAUGGAGUUCUGGAAGCAGCUGUGUGCAGAGCAUGCCAUCAGUCCAGAGGGUAUACUCCAGGACUAUGCAGUGGAGGGCAUUGACAGAAAAGAUGUCUUCUUCUAUCAGGCGGAUGACGAGCACUACAUCCCACGAGCGGUACUGUUGGACCUAGAGCCUCGGGUGAUCCACGGUAUCCUCACCUCCCCCUACGCUAAACUCUACAAUCAGGAGAACAUCUACACCUCGUCACACGGGGGCGGGGCUGGCAAUAACUGGGCCAGUGGACACUCUCAAGCCGGGCGUCUCCAUGAGGAGAUAUUUGACAUCCUUGAUCGAGAGGCUGAUAACAGUGACAGUCUGGAGGGCUUCGUGCUCUCUCACUCCAUUGCAGGUGGCACUGGGUCUGGGAUGGGAUCCUACCUCCUGGAGCAUCUCAAUGACAGAUACCCGAAGAAGCUUAUUCAAACCUACUCUGUGUUUCCCAACCUGAAUGAGAUCAGUGACGUGGUGGUGCAGCCAUACAACUCCAUACUGACACUGAAGCGACUCACGCUCCACGCAGACUGUGUCGUGGUGUUAGACAAUACUGCCCUCAACAGGAUAGCAGCAGAGAGGCUCAGAAUACCAAACCCUUCACUAUCACAAAUCAACCAACUGGUAUCCACUAUCAUGGCUAGCAGUACAACGACCCUCCGUUACCCUGGUUACAUGAACAACGAUCUGAUUGGUCUGAUAGCCUCGUUGAUCCCCACCCCCAGACUCCACUACCUCAUGACUGGCUACACUCCCAUCACCACUGACACUCAGGCCCCAAGUAUUCGUAAGACUACUGUCCUGGACGUGAUGAGGAGGCUACUACAGCCUAAGAACGUGAUGGUGUCAGCACCCAAGGAUCGUCAUCACAACCAUUGCUACAUCUCCAUCCUAAACAUCAUCCAAGGAGAGGUGGACCCCACUCAGGUGCACAAGAGCUUGCAGAGGAUCAGAGAGAGGAAACUCGCUCAGUUCAUACCCUGGGGGCCAGCAAGCAUUCAGGUUGCCCUCUCCCGCAAGCCUCCCCACAUCCAGUCAGCACAUAGGGUCAGUGGACUCAUGCUCGCCAACCACACCAGUAUGGCAUCAUUGUUUGCAGCCAGCUGUGGACAGUUUGACAAGCUGAGGAAGAAAGAAGCUUUUCUCGACCAAUUCAAGAAACAGCCAAUGUUCAGUGAUGACCUAUCAGAGCUUGAUGACUCACGGAGGGUGGUCCAAGAGGUCAUUGACGAGUACAGAGCCUCUACUGAACCAGACUACAUCACCAGGGGAACAUCAAUAGGACUCGGUGGUGCCAAGCCCUGACGCUAUCACUUACAGCACAUGAACAUUUAUCUGCUAACUCUUGUACAAUUUAUUGUUAUAUUAUACUGUUAUAAUUAUUAUACUUAUUAAUUAUCGAUUACCGUGAAUUUAUUAUCGUGCAAUAAAACACAAUGCAGGCAAACCCACCGCUAGCCUCGAAUCCACAAAGAUUAAUUACGGGCAUGGAUUCGAGGCUAACCCAUUGCCAAUCAUAAUUUAUUCAUGACGUGUAAGUUCUUCUUCUCUUUUAGUGCCUCUAAAUCAAGGGCGCCGCAUGCAUGCAUAAUUAUAUAUGUCAUGAGCAUGAGACACAACUGUGCAGUUAUAGCCUGAAUGUACUGUAAGUAGGCUGACAAAAUGAGACUUGACAAAGAAAAAUGGCGUUUGAGAGUGAAUGGAUUUCUCACUCAAAUACUUGCUCCAAUGAUGUUCUCCAUCAGUGGUACAUUAUACCUCUCUUCGUUGCAUAGGUUUGUCACUAACCCAAAGAAGGCAGGCAUCAAUGAAACCACACUCCAGCAGGUGGAGCCUGGAUUAGAUGAGUCGGAAACAAUGUACGCACUGCUGAUAACUAUUUAUUCCUACGGCGAACUUACAGGAGGAUUGCUGUUAGGUUUUUUAACUAAAUGCAUCCCGAAUUGGUACCAGUUUGUAUUUGCCAUAUCUCUGCACACGAUUGGCUACGUGUUGUACGGUGUUGCAACUAACGGUGGGAUACUAAUGAUUGGCAUGUUCCUGGCUGGAUACUAUUUGGGAGCACAAAUCACACUCAGUAUGAACUACGCAACAGAAAUGAGUGUCGAGUAUGUGAAUCUACUGAAGGAAGUAAAGAAUGAAAAAGAUGAAAAUUUUGAAUAUGAGAAAAAAGUGGUGAAAACUCGUAACUUCCUAUAUUCAGUCUACUCCAUUGGAUUCAGCGUUGGGCUUGUCGUUGGUCCUAGUGUUUCAGUAAUAUUUUCUAACCUUCCAAUUGAGCAGUAUCGAUCGAUUGCUUGGUUCAAUGUAGCUUUUGGAGUUAUAUUGUUGAUCUUGUUCUGUUUUCUCUUCCGUGGAGAGAGUAAAUGGAACAGAACUAAUUGUCAUGAGCUUUGUGUCCGCUCAAAAAACAACUCAAGUUCGGCCAAGCCUGGACCACUGCAAAUAUUCAUAUCCUUUCAGCAUUAUUACCAAUGCAAGUACAUAUAUCGAUAGCAUUAUAGCCAGAAGCAUGAAUAUGAUAGAACCUAUAUACUGUAAUUUCUAGCAAUCCUUAACAAUAUCUGUUCACAUUAUUGUGAGUAUGCACUUGCUAUCGUUCGUACAAAUGCUGAAGUGGGCAUAUUUUGAAGCCCUAAUGAAUCCAAUUCUAAGUGAUUCAUUUGGGUUCUCUCUAAACACAUCUUCCUACGUCUUCUUGGGGGUGGCUAUCUCAAGCAUUCUAGGCUCCAUCUUACUGGUCUUGUUACAAAGAAUCAAAAUCAGUACACAGAUGGGAGCUUUCAUUGGUAUUUCAAUGACAAUUGCAGGAUACUUCUUGGUAACAGAUUGGCAGGCUAUAUACCUUAUGAUCCAUGCACUGAGUACAGUCCGUUCCAUCAUCCAGAUCGCUUUCAAAACAACCACUCAAGUCUAGGAAUGUUAACACCUUUGGAUAAUACUCCCCAAAGUUGGCCUGCUCUCUUAAAUAAUCGUGCACACAUGGAUAUUGAGUUGGAUUUUGGCGAUCGAACGUACACAGAAAUUGCUUACCACUUUAAUUUCAGCUGCUACGUUGAUGAAUUUUGCCCAUUUUGCACCGAGAAAUCUACCAGCAAGCACCGGUGUUUGUCGUUUGUAGUUAAAGGUGAAAACGAAUCCUCAGAACAGGUGCUCGAUGUGUUUUCCUGUUCUUUAGCUCCUCCUUUACAAAAUAUUUGCCUCAGUAUUUCUCAUCAUCAAUCAACUGAUUCUGAGGAAGUUGAAAAUUUAAAUGGAAAUCGUUUUGUAGCCGGCGUUCAAAGCUUAUUGGUACUCCCUCAAGAUGUGUACUCCACUGCAAGCAAUGCCUGUAUAAAUGCCAAUGUAUCAAUUAGUGGAGAGUGUCAUUGGAUACCGUUGUCAAGUGGUGAGGAAUGUGUGGAUUGUCCUCCUAUCUGCAGAGGAAAGCAACGGACACUACUGCUACCAUUGUAUCUGAUAGGAAUGGUGCUGUUGAUAGGAAGCUACCCUCUUGUCUGGGUGAAUUUGGUGGCCAUAGCUAACAAUCAGACUCCUGAAAGUGUUCAAGGCAUUGUGAUAGGAAGUAUCAAUGUAGCAAAUGGACUUGCUGAGAGUAUCAGUCCUGUGGUUGUCGAUGUACUGUAUGAAAAGACAAAGAAAAGAACUUUCGUGCCAUCUAUUCUGUUUGCUCUUUUGCACAUACCAUUUCUCAUAGAAAUCAUCAUAUUGUACAAACCCUUAGGACCUUCAUAUAAGCUCACUGAAUAUAGUAGAUCCACUCUGCCCAAAGAACAAUCGUCUGGGAGAGAGUGUGAUUCUCCUUGAUUUACUAUAAUUCUCCAACAUUGAAAUGGUAGAAUAUUUAUGAUUUUGUA